ACAACACAACACGACACAAACAAACACACCUCCUGCAAAGAUGAGGAAGGGUGUUGUUGUUGUCUUUGCUUGUUGGGUUGUCGUGCUUAGCACGGCACAAGUGCAUGCCCAACACGAUGCUCUCCAGAUUGCGCGAUGCCGCUUUGAGAUGGCAAACGACAUCACAAGCACAGCUUUCAACCUCAACCCUCAGCUCUUGUCAAACGCAUUGCAGAUGUCCUUCACGAACGUGUUGUCUGGGACGGUGACAGCGACGGUUCAGUGCAUGGACUCCUCGUCUGCGGUGUUGUACGAGACAUCGUUCAUGUAUGAAGGCAGCUCGCUGUCUCAAGAAGCCGUGCUUGCCAACCUCGAACCAACGGAUGGGCAAUCUGCACAUGUGCCCUUCUUUUCCAGAUUUGCGCUCGCGGAGUCACCCUCUGAAGCCCGUGCUGAAGUGCUUGCUCGGUCGUUCUUGGGCAACGAAUUUGAGUACGCGAUGCAAGCCAUCUCGUCGUCACUGGCACCACUCACGCCACAGCAGUGCAGCGCCACGUCAGAUGCGUGCGACGCCACAUAUCCCAGCAGCGACGAGCCCAUCAUCUUCGCGGUCACAGCGACGGAGCAAAACACGGGCUACAGUGCCCAUGUGACUGGCGACAAGACCGCGCUGCUUGCAGGCAAUUUCCACGGCGCGUUUAACCAGGAGCCCGUUAUCACGCGUCUUGGGUUUGACCAGUCCGCUGUGACGUUUGGCACCUCCAUCACGCUGACUGCAAGCUUCCUCGACUUUGAUGUGAGCAACGUCUCUGCCAGCGACGAGGCGCUCGCAUAUGCGUUCACCAUCGACCACGUCGACGCCUCUGGCACCGUCAUCACGGCUGGCGGCGGCAGCAUGUGCAGCUCGGGCUGGUUGACACUGGACAAUGGGCACCCACUGGCCGGUAGCGUGUCGAGUCUUGGUCCCGCUGCUCGUGUGUUCACAGGCACGUUCCAGCCAUCGGGGUCCGGCGUCUCGCGCCGCUGCAGGAUUACGCUCACCGUCACAGAUUGGCAGGACGUCACCACAAGCGCUGACGUGACAGUGGAAGUUGGCUCAUCCGUCACGUCCACGGGUGCUGUCGGAGUGACGACGGAUGCCGCUGAUGCGCUCCCGUUUGUCUUUGCACGGCAGGGCGUUUCCGAAGGGAUUGUCACUCUAUUCAUGCCAGACAAGUGUGACGGCGUGACAUGCGCGAGUGAAACGCAGUGCCUGCAAGCAUCCAUUUGUGAUUCUGGAACGGGCACGUGCCUUGACCAGGUGCCCAAAACCGGCCAGGCAUGCGACGACGGCGACGACACCACACGUGACGAUACCUGCACCAGCCAGGGCGUGUGUGUGGGCACAUCAAAGUGCCUUGGGGUGGUGUGCGAGCCACUGUCCACAUGUCACAACGCUGGUGUUUGCAUCCCAAAUCUGGGCGCCUGCUCCCCCUCCACACUCAAGGCGGCCGGCGAGUACUGCGACGACAUGGAUGACACGACCGUGUUUGACAUUUGCGAUGCCGUCGGCAACUGCCAAGGAACAGACGUUGCAGAGUUGAUCCGUGACGAUGAGGUGGACUUCACCGCCAUCGCUGGCGCCGAUCCUGUUCGCCUGCGCAGUCUUCUUUCGUCACUGCCAGACGUCUGCUGUGAAUCAGAGGUGUGCUGCCAGCCGUGCUCGUCCGGCGCGUGCGCGGCCGGCGACUACGAUCGCCUCUGGUACCUCCAGACAGACCUCGCUUGAUGAGUCGCGGUGCUGCUGUGGCGUCGUCUGUCGCCUUGCUUUGUGUUCUCAGUAAUAACACACUGCCCCACCCCAUACACACACACACAUUACAAACAUGUUAUUCUUGUGACGUUUCGUCGUCGAUGUCUUGUUCUUCUGUCUGUGUCAUGUUUUGCUCACACCUUGUCUUCUGACCUGCACAGUCCCAGCGACUGCAGCAGCUUUGCCUGUGCCUUUUUUUAGUUUUUUUUUUUCCUUGUCUGUGGAUGUUCUGAACCGCGCGCUCCAAUGAUUCGCAACUGCCGCGUGUGCGCG